AUACCGUCCCAGGCCCGACUGCGAGGAUGGACCGUGCACCGCUGCUGCUGCUGCUGUCGCUCUGGGCUCUGACCGGAACCGUGUCCCAGCAGGCUUCAGGGUCGUGUCCGGAGAGACUCCUGGGCGACGAGAGGAGGCGGACGUGUCCUCGGCCCUGCAAAGAUGACCAAGACUGCGGCAGCAAGCGUCAGUGUCUGUGCGACGGCCAGUGUGGUCUCAGCUGUGUGGCUCCAGGUCGGACGUGUCCGUGGCCUCUUCCCCAGAGCGAGACCUCCGACGCUCGCCUCCUCUCCCCCACUCACUCCUUCUCCGCCCUGCUGGAGGUUCGCUGCAAGCCGGGAUUCAUGCUGCCCAGCGGCCUGGACGCCACCAUCCGCCGUUGUCAGGGCGACCGGCAGUGGAGCGGCGACGAGCCCAUCUGCACAGAGUCUCCGCCGGCCGAACCUGCCACCACCGCCGCCGCCGCCACCGCCGCCCAGGCCUGCCCGCUGCCUCCGGAAGUGACCGACACCUUCAGCAUCGAGGGCGACGCCGCCGCGGGGACCUCCAUCCGCUACAGCUGCCUGUCCGGGGCCGACAUAGUGGGGAGCAGCGAGAACUUCUGUCAGGAGAACCGGACCUGGCAGUAUCCUCACCCCAUCUGUAAAAAGGUCUACUGCCAGCCUCCCAGCGAGGUGGAGCAGGGCUACGUGGUGGCCGUGCAGAAGACCGAGUAUGAAGUCGGCUUUGACAUCCACUACCUGUGCAAGAAGAACUUCCUGCUGGAUGGACCUCAGAAGAUCACCUGCAUGUCCAACGGCAGCUGGAGUGCCGCGCCGCCGCACUGCAGAGCUCGCUGCCUCAUCCCCGCCGAGCGGAGCCGCGUGGUGAUUGGCGGAGCGAAGCGCUGGCCGUUUGACGUCACGGACGCCAUGGUUCCUCACGGCGAGAACGUCACGUUCUUCUGCAAACACCCCUGGAAGCACUGCAGCUUCGGCGCCGCUCAGAGCUGCUUCGACGGGAAGCUGCAGCCGCCGGCCUGCUACCUCGAGCCCACAUGGCUGCAGUAUAAACUCUUCCCCCACCGGCUGGUCUCAGAAAUCGACGCGUGCGAGUCCGGAGACGAGGAGUGACGAGCUGCUCGACCCGAACCUCCACGAGUCACAACACUUCUGCUGACCGAACCGCGGCGUCGACUCUCCACGUUCUGGUCCGGCGGGGCUGAAAUAGUUCUUGCCAGCUCCGCCGGACCAGCAGGUCGAACGCUGCUGCUCGUAACUAUAAUCUGUAUUACCUUGAUCCUCCUCCGGCUUUGAUGCACGCUGUAGAUGCAGCCAGUGAGCCUCGGCGGUGAUGUCUGUGUAACGCAUUAGUGCACGCUAUAGCAGCUACGCCCGCCAUGAUACCUUCAUGUAGCCGAUCCAUACCGACUGGACUCUGUGAUGUUUCACUGUGAUCUUCUGUCUUCUGUCGACGCGUCAAGUCCUGAGGCUUGUAAGUUUUGAUGAUGUGAGUUGAAAUAAAAUGAUGUGAGAAAGCUU